AUGGUUGGUGAGGGGAAACAAGAUGCAAGGAACCCGCUGCCAUCAAAAAGCUUCUCUUCAGCGCACCUUCCCACUCGGGAUGUUAUCGGACCCACUGAAGGAAUACCGCUGCAACGUUCUCUCGGCAACUGGGGCCGAGAUAAGACCCCCGCGGCCUCCCGUCCGGAGUUCACGCCUCCACGCCUCGUGUCUCGGUUGCUGCUUCAAGAACGAAGCUUUCCCCGCAUUCUUUCAAUCUUGGUAUCCAAUCUUACCACAUCAAAUCAGCACUUCACUCAAUCACAGAAUCACGGGCUUCACGUCAUCGCCAUGGCCACACAUCGUCUCGCUACCCGGUCACAUCAAGGCGGCGUUUCCGACGGCGAUUGGGUUCAUGUGAGCGACAGCCGCGAACAACACGCAGCCAAAACCAUCUCGGAGUUUAUGCCGGAGCGUAUUAUACGUGUUACCACGGAUGAAAAGAAUCUCAACAAGUUUUACAAUAUCAAGUUCUCAGCCACGAGAUCUCAUCGGUUGGAACGAUACUACAAUGAAGAGCUCGACAGUCUGUUUAAAGCUCCGUUCGAUACCUACAGCCAAGAGGAUAAGGUAGACUUCUUACUUCUGCGCAACUAUUUGAGGCGCAAUCUCCGCGUCUUACUUCUGGAUCGUGAGCGAGACGAACUGGUAAAGCCGGUUCUUCCAUUUAUCCAGCCGCUCAUCGAGAUAUGCGAAGCUCGUCAGAGCAUGGUUCCCGUCGACAGCAAAAAGACGGCCAUGAUAUUAAACGAAACAGCAAAGAACAUAAUUGCAACAACAAAGGCCAUCAAAACGAAUGGUAUCAAGGCCAAUGACUCGACACUCUCACGUGCUAUGAGCACCAUUGACCAAAUUAGAGGCCAUGUGGAUGAGGCCUACAGCUUCUACGCCCCUUACGACCCCCUGUUCCCUUUCUGGUGCGACGCGCCUAAAAAGGAACUGGACGAGGCCCUCACCGGUAUCAAGACGACGAUAGACACCAAACUUAUUGAGAAAAACGGGUCCGGGUCUAUCCGUGCUGCAGUAGAACCCAUCGGGCGCUCCGGGCUGAUCACUGAGCUCGAAGCGGAAAUGAUACCCUACACGCCCGAGGAGCUCCUCAAGCUGGCGCAGGAACAGUACGAUUGGUGCGAAAAGGAGAUGAAGAAGGCUUCACGCAGCAUCAAGGUGGGCUCCGUUGGACCGGGGGGCAGUCAUGGGAGCGUAUCGGGUCUCGAGGCUCCUGGCGCUGGCUUCGGCGACGACUGGAAGGCGGCGCAGGAAUAUGUCAAGAAUUCAUAUGUUGAGCCCGGUCAACAGCCUGAGAUGGUGCGGCAGCUGGCCUAUGAGGGCAUGGCUUUUGUGAAGAAGCAUGACCUGGUCACGGUCCCAGAAAUUGCGGGCAAGUCUCUCUGCGAGACGUGGCGUAUGUUUAUGAUUGACGCAGAACGUCAAAAGGAGUCCCCAUUCUUCCUCGGAGGCUCCUCCUUCUGGGUUUCUUACCCCACCGCCGCCAUGGACCAUGACCUCAAGAUGAUGGUGAUGCGCGGCAACAACCCUCACUUCUCACGGGCGACGGCAUUCCACGAAUUAAUACCCGGCCAUCGUUUGCAGCUGUUCAUGGGCAAGCGUCACCAUCCGUACCGCGAGCUCUUUUCGACGCCCUUCUUCGUCGAGGGUUGGGCCAUGUAUUGGGAGUUCGUCUUUUGGAACCGGGGAGACUUUUUCGUGAGCCCCGAGGACAAGAUCGGAACACUCUUCUGGCGGAUGCACCGAUGCGCGAGAAUCAUCUUCUCCCUUAAGUACCACCUCGGUGAGAUGACGCCCCAAGAGUGCGUCGACCUGCUGGUAGACUGGGUCGGUCACGAGCGUUCCAACGCAGAGGGAGAAGUCACGAGAUCGUUCGGCGGCGACUACUCCCCGUUGUAUCAGGCCGGAUACAUGCUGGGGGCGUUGCAGAUGCACGGUUUGCGGGAGGAGGUGCUGACAAAAGGGUUAAUGGGCGAAAAGGAACUCCACGAUAAGAUCCUGAGGGCGAACACGAUGCCAAUCGAGUUGCUUCGAGCGCUUCUCCUGAACCAGCCCCUGAGUCCGGACACGGAGGCUCAUGACGCGUAUCACUUGGUCCUGUACGUUACAUUGCGCUCGACCGAGGAAAUACCAGCAUUUGUAGGGGAAGAGUGUCUCUUUUUGAUCGUUUCCACCUUUCUUCCCCCCGCAACCCCGGACAGCUCCAGCUCAUGCAGCCGCCGAUGUACAAUGCGGGGGAAGACGGUGCGGGGCCGCCUCGGUCUUCGGGUUAUGUCGAGCGGCGGCGUGGGCUAUUGGCCGUGGAACCAUAACUAUGCCAGCCUCCGCUCUACUUCACGCGGCGAAGCCGCCGAUGCGGGCCACGAUGACUCGGGGGGCGCUUCGGAGGCUGCGGCGGCCCUCGCUUGCAACUGUUGCCGGCGCCGGAAGCUGCGAUGUUCCCGAGAGGUGCCAACAUGUCAGCAGUGCCGCAAGACAGGAAGCGAUUGUGUUUAUGAAUCGAAACGGUCCAAGCCGGGGAUGAAGGCUGGGGCCAUUGAGAACCUGCAUCGGAGACUUGAUGCGUUAGAAAGGACUGUUCACCAACAACGGACUAAGAAUUCAUCAAAAGACUGCAGACAAUCCGAUUCAAAUCACUCCCCCCAUCAAGAUGAUGCCAGUGGCUCCAAUGGCGGCCUCGAAAAGAAUGCAUAUAGCAUCAUGGCAUUCUUCGCCAAAGAGCUACAAAAGUUCAACACUAAAAGCGGAAGCUCACCCAGCGAAGAGCGUGCGGAGACCGAGUCACCAGUACGAGCCAAGCGGCGUCGACUUGAUGAUCAUGAACCUUUAAAUAUUGCCUUCACGUGUAAUUCCAGCCCUACUUCGCCUGUCUUGCCAGAUGAAGAGGACCUUGAGAUUGUACUCAAGGCUUAUUUUGCACACAUUCAUCCAUGGAUUCCGAUUAUACACGAGGCGAGAUUCCGCCGUCGACUUCGAGAGCCCGGAGAAGCCAAACUUUUGCUUGCAGUAUUACAUGCCAUGGUCCUUUCUGCGUCAAGAUACAUAUCUGACGAAGAUGUUGCGACCAACUUAUUCGGCACGCUCCAGCAAAGAGGCAUCACCCGUGAUUGGAUCGUGUCAACAUCGAUGAAAACGUUCGACGUGGAAAGCCACCAAGCUCUCAUCAUUGUUGCAUUCAACGAUAUUGGAAGUGGUGAGGCUGCAAAAGCCUGGUCUCUCGUUGGUUCACUGACCCGGACCGUCGAGUAUCUCCAACUCACCGUCGAACACGACGACGUCGACCGGCCAUCACUAUCUCAACCUUUCGAUUCACUCGCUCCGCCAGAAAGCUGGACCGAGACCGAAGAGAGGCGCCGGGUCUUUUGGAACGUCUUCAAACUCGAUAGACUCAUCUCAGUCACCAUGGGCUGGAACACAAGUCUAACCUCAGACGACGUGCACUGCCGUCUCCCCUGCGACGGCGUUCUCUGGCGUAAAGAAGACGAAGUCGUGACACCCUACUUCGGGAUAUGGGACAAAGCCGCCGGCAGAAUAGGCAACCCCAUCGCCUUCAUCCCGUCCCACUACGCGCCGGCAUUGCAAGUAGGUGCCUCAGAGGAAGAAACCCAUACGCCCUCCGACGCCGGCACGUCACCGGGGGCGCCGGCCGCCAACGUCGACAUGUCCACCGUCGGCGCCUUUGCCUACUGCAUCGAGGCGACCGAGUCCCUGAGCAGGGUCACGAGCUACUUCCUUCAGCAAAAGAUCAACAUGCGGGACCAACGCGACAUCAGUAGCUGGCUCACACGCUUCAAGGAGCUCGACCUGCGCCUGGUCCACUGGAAGAUGCUCCUGCCCCAGAAAUGGAAGGCCAAUAUGGCGCGGCAGUCGACGCGGAUGGAUCCCAACCUCACGCUGGCGCACGUCACGCACAAUACGUCCAUGAUUCUGCUCCAUCAGCUGAUUGCCUUCCCUCCGAGGGAGUGGCCUUUCAGGGCCCGGCUGCCGAGUAUUCUGAGCGCGGACACGUGCCAGGCUGCCGCCGUGGAGAUUGCUAUCAUUGCGGAGAAUUACUUGAAGCACGCGCCUGCGGUGAUGCCUGUUUCGAGCCAGUUUGUGUUCUGUAUCUAUGUGGCCGCCAGAGUGCUCCUCCUUCAAUGGCGGUAUGAUCUCGGGACUGAAUUGGCUUCCGAGUUCUGGUCGCUGGUUCAGAUUGUGAAUGAUAUGGCGACGCGAUGGGCUGGCCCGCACAGCUUAGAGCCUGCGAGAGACAACUCGGCUGGGAAGUAUUCGAGGAAGCUCACGGAGAUGCAUUUACGUUGCCGCGAUGAUGCAACUUUCAACAUCAACGUCCUAGGCUACACCACAGAAAUCGAUCACACAGCUGCUCAGGAGCCUCCAUUGUCUGCCCACAUCAGACGGAAUGAGACCGGGAGACAUGAGGGAACCACUACCAAUAGACGAAACAGGCGGUUCGCAGAUACACUGGUCGAGCCCGCUGCAGGUAGUCUCGACACCAUCGUCGUGGCUCAACCACUCCCAUCCAACAUUCCCGCAUCAUUUACCAAUCCAACGCAGAGCGCAAUGCUCCUAACCCCAGGGCUAGGCGUCAAUGGCGCUGAGCCGAUGGCCCAGCCCUCCCUGUACCACAGAAGCAGCGUCGGUAGUGGCGAUUUGAGCAAUAUUUCCCAGAUGCUCCUUGACCAGCAAUUCAUGGACAUGGAUAGAAUCAUCAGCUAUGAUGACGGCAUUUUCGAAACUGAAUACGAUGGUGGAGGAUGGUAA